UCCACUUCCUGCUUCAUUUGCAAAGGAUGAAGAGUAUGGAGUGGAAGUGUUUCUUGAGUUUUAUUUUCCUUACUGUGGGUUUAUGUACCGGAGAACCUUCCGUUCGCCGUUACCAACCGAAUUGGAAGAGUCUUGACAGCAGGCCUUUACCCAGCUGGUACGACGAGAGCAAAUUUGGGAUUUUCAUCCACUGGGGAGUAUUUUCUGUGCCUAGUUUCGGGAGCGAAUGGUUCUGGUGGAAUUGGAAAGGGAGGCACUUACGUGAGUAUGUGGAGUUUAUGACAAAGAACUACCCACCGGGAUUCGAAUACAGCGAGUUCGCUCCAGAAUUCACAGCUAGCUUCUUUAAUCCAGAUCAAUGGGCGGAACUGUUCGAGGAAUCCGGAGCCAGGUACGUGGUGCUGACGUCAAAGCACCAUGAAGGAUUCACGAACUGGGGAUCUCCUGUGUCCUGGAACUGGAACUCGAUUGAGACAGGUCCACAUCGCGAUCUUGUGGGUGAUCUGGCAGCUGCAGUCCGUAAACGGCAGUUACAUUAUGGAGUGUACCAUUCUCUCUUCGAGUGGUUUAACCCCCUCUACUUGUCUGAUCAGCGAAACAAAUUCAAGACCCAGAAAUUUGUUAUGGAGAAAACAUUACCAGAACUGUACGAUCUGGUCUUAAGGUAUAAACCAGAUAUAAUCUGGUCAGAUGGUGACUGGGAAGCACCAGAUACUUACUGGAAUUCUACUGGAUUUCUGGCCUGGCUCUACAAUGACAGCCCUGUCAAGGAUACUGUGGUCACUAAUGACCGCUGGGGAGAUGGCUGUUCUUGUAAACACGGUGGCUUCUUCAACUGUGCAGACAAAUACAGCCCCACCAAACUGCUGAAUCACAAGUGGGAGAAGUGUACCACACUCGACAGAUGGUCCUGGGGAUAUCGCAGAAAAAUGCAGUCCAGGGACGUGGAAGAUCUACCAUCCCUUAUCACUAGUUUACUGGACACGAUUGCCUACGGUGGCAACUUCCUGCUCAAUGUUGGUCCAACCAAAGACGGCACCAUCCCUCCCAUCUUCGAGGAAAGGUUGCGCGGCCUGGGACAGUGGCUGCGCGUUAAUGGUGAAGCGAUAUAUGCAUCGACACCCUGGCGAGUUCAGAAGGAGAACUCCUCCAACAUAAUAUGGUACACCAGUAAGGGAUCUUCAGUUUACGCAGUGUUCACAAAGUGGCCCACCGACAAUACCCUCAAGCUAGAUUCACCAAAGACCUCGCCGAGCACCACUGUGACGAUGCUGGGAAUCCCACAACCUCUGAAGUGGAAGACUUCUCCCACCGAAGGUCUUCUCAUUUUCCUCUCCCCUCUUUCUCCAUUGACUGUCCCCUCAAAAAAUGGUUGGACAUUAAAAAUGGAAGGAGUUUCCUAAUCAGAGAGUGACAGAGGAAACAAAUUUUACUUGAUGAUUUUGAAAGUUGAAAAGUUUUUGUAUGAAGAUUUGUACACUCUUGGUGAAAUUUUAAAAAAUCAUGGCCAAAGUUUGAGUCUUUGACCAUAAAUUACAGAUGUCGAGGUUAGAACAGCAGUGCUGAUUUUUGCAAAUUGAUCACUUCGCUGUUCAGCUUUACUUUGAUUAUGCUACCUGAGGAAUGUUACUGAUCAAAUUUUAGUUUUAAAAGGUUGCUUCAGAGCAAAGAUACUGUUGAGCAAGACUCCAUGUAACACCAGUCCUCAUAUAACUGGUUAUUUGCAAUUUUUAUUGAAGGUAAACUUGAUCUACAAAUAUUUACAAUGGUUGGAUCAAACACAUUAAUAAUGGGAGACUACACUAAUAGAUUUGUUGAACAAAGUUAAUAAUUUUAAAAUCUUAAACAAAAAUUAGCAUUUUAGUUACGAUUUACCAAAUUGAGAAUCAGUCCACACCUAGAACUAGAUUGUAUAAGUUCCUGUUGCUUCAUGGUGUGGAGGAUAUGAGAACACUGGUGCCAAUCAUAGAGGUAACCUCUCUACCAAUUUCACUUCAAUGUUACUGACAUGCUUAGUAAAUAAGGAAGAUUUACAACUGUUUUGAUGCCUUUCCUCUUUUAAUUGAGCUGUGGAAUAUGAAGCUACCUGAUUCAGCAAAGUGGUGUGCUUUGAUUUCUUGUUUCCAGCACAACUGUAAUCUAUUCACUUUAUAACUACAUCAGUAACG